AUGCGUCUACCCUCAUCCUCGUUGACGCGACUCGCCGAAGAGGUAUUCUCUAUCCGCCUCCGCUCCGAGUUCAAUCAGCCGACGCCGACGGCUCGCAGCAUUUUGCCGCCGGUGGAGAGUAUGACGAAAAAGGGUUUCGUCGCCUUCGACGUGCCCCUCGACGAGGAGGCCGAAGGUGUUCAGCUCGAGGCCAUUUUUAAGCGGCCUCUGCCGAGACGUCUUCGAGUAGGCUUACACAACCACAACCACAAUCGCAAUCACAAUCACAAUCAAAAUCACAACCACAAUCACACCCUCAACCACAUUCCCACACAUCAUCUUUCCACCACAAUCCGAGUCCUGCUUCUCCCGCGUCUCCCGGCGCCUCGUCAUUCUCCGGUCGUCUUCGCCUCAUAA